ACACGGUCUGCACGGACUCUGCUGUCGGCUCUGCUCUGUGGGGCUUUGUUCCUCCCGGGUCUCUCUCUGACAGAGGGCUUGAUCCGUGCAGCACAGCUCGUUCUGUGUUCAGUCUCUGGCUUCAACCACUGAAGCACAAAUACUCUCCAGCUGGGAGUCAGACAAGGGCAGAGAUGAAGAACCCAGAAGCCCAACAGGAUGUUUCGGUUUCCCAGGGGAUUCGCAUGAUGUUUUAUGUGAUGAAGCCCAGUGAAACGUCAUUCCAAACCCUGGAAGAGGUGCCUGAUUAUGUACGGAAGGCAACUCCAUUGUUCAUUUCCUUGAUGCUGCUUGAGCUGGUUAUCAGCUGGAUUCGCAAAGGGAAGCCACUGGGUGGUUUGGAUGAUGCCUUGGCAUCUUUGUCAGCCGGCAUUAUGUCUCAGCUUCCGAGGUUGUUUUAUAGGAGCAUUGAGCUGACUAGUUAUGUUUAUAUCUGGGAGAACUACAGACUCAUUAGUUUGCCUUGGGAUUCUCCAUGGACUUGGUAUUUAACUUUCUUGGGAGUUGACUUUGGUUACUACUGGUUCCACCGUAUGGCUCAUGAGGUUAACAUUAUGUGGGCUGGUCACCAAACACACCACAGUUCUGAAGGCUAUAACUUAUCCACAGCACUGAGACAAUCCGUCCUCCAAAUUUACACUUCCUGGAUAUUCUACUCUCCCCUGGCCCUCUUCAUACCGCCUUCAGUGUAUGCUGUUCAUCUUCAGUUCAAUCUCCUCUACCAGUUUUGGAUCCAUACAGAGGUCAUCGAUAACCUUGGUCCUUUGGAACUGAUUCUUAAUACUCCUAGCCAUCAUAGAGUUCAUCACGGCAGAAACCGUUAUUGUAUAGAUAAAAAUUUUGCUGGAACUCUUAUUAUAUGGGAUAGAAUUUUUGGGACAUUUGAGGCAGAAAAUGAAAAAGUUGUAUAUGGUCUAACACAUCCCAUUAAUACAUUUGAACCUUUCAAGGUGCAGUUCCAUCAUUUAGUAAACAUAUGGACUACAUUCUGGGCCACGCCUGGGUCGUUCAAUAAGUUUUCUGUCAUAUUUAAAGGACCAGGAUGGAGUCCAGGUAAACCAAGACUUGGACUGAUUGAAGAAAUCCCAGAGGUCGAGGGGAAAGAAGUUCCUUUCUCGUCAUCAGCCUCUCAGCUAUUGAAGAUAUAUGUAGUGGUACAGUUUGCUCUGAUGCUGGCAUUUUAUGAAGAGACCUUUGCAGAUAAAGCUGUACUAUCUCAGGUCACUCUCCUUCUGAGGGUUUGCUUCAUUAUCCUGACUUUGACCUCCAUUGGAUUUCUUUUGGAUCAAAGACCUAAGGCAGCUGUUCUGGAAACUUUCCGUUGCUUGGUGUUCCUAAUGCUCUGUAGAUCAGGUCAUCUGAAACCUUGCAUCUCUUCUUUGUCAUUUGCUUUUGAGAUUUUUUUUUCCAUCUGCAUUGCUUUCUGGGGAGUAAGGAGUGUGAAGCAACUUGUCUCAGACCCUUGGAGAUAACUUAACGUUUGUACACAAUUCUCUUGUUUUAAUCAUCUGUCCACAACUGUAGUAUGUUACUACUCUCUAUGGAAAUAUAAUUAUCUUAUAUAAUGAUUGUAUGGACAGUUUUUUCUAAUGAAAGGUAGAUAGCAUCUAUAUACUCUUGCUUCCUUUUCACAUUUAUCAUUCUCUAUUAAAAUUAAAGUCAGCUGCAGUUACUAUAUUGCUAGGGUGGAAAGAAAAUGAUGUCAAAUAUAAUGAUAUUAUGUACACUGGUAACAUCUAAGCCAAUAAGUAUGAGAAGAAAUAAUAAAAUUUCAAAACAGCUGAAAGAAUGAAGAUUUUAUUUUCAUUGGUUUGACAAUUUUUCACUUGCUAUCUGCUAAAAUUGUGCUUGGAAACAUAUUUGUUGUCAUAAAAAUAUAUUACAUGAGUUGUCUGCCUAAGGCUAGGUUUACCUUUGAAAGCCAUAUAACGUAAGGAGUAACGUUACACAAAAUGACAUCAUCAAAAUGAAAAUGAACAGGAUUUGUCAGAAUUCAUUUAUUCAACAGAUUAUUUGUGAUGCAUAUGUCUAAUAUGUUUGGUCAAUUUAUUCUUUCAAAUUGAGGGGUGUGGAGUAUUUCUGCAUUAAAUUGUCUCACAGUCAUGUUAAUAAUAGUCUCUAAAUAAAAUUAC